AUGGAUGCAAAGACAGCUAUUGCCACAUUCACCCAAUUUUCAAAUGAAACUUUGUGUGAAGCCUGGGAACGCUAUAAAUCCAUGCUACGGAAGUGUCCAAACCACGGUUUUGAUGACAUGUCACAAAUUCACAUUUUCCGUAAUGGAUUAUUACCUCAACCGAAGCUUUUACUUGACGCAACAGCUGGAGGUUCCUUGAUAGCAAAAAGUGCAGCAGAAGCAAUUUCAAUCAUUGAUAGGAUGGCUCUCACAGAUCACCAAGUUCAACACAAUCGAGGUACCAUACAAAAGAAGCCUGGAGUUUUGGAAUUAGGUACAAAUGAUGCAAUCCUAGCACAAAACAAACUGCUCACUCAAACCGUAGAGGAAUUGACAAAACAGCUGUCCAAGCUUCCUCAACAACUCAAAGAUAUGCACGAUUCGUCGAGCACAUCGCAACAAGUAGCCUUUUGUGAACUUUGUACAGGUGACCAUCCAACCGGUUUCUGUCCCCCGAUCAACGAAGAGGUAAAAUAUAUGGGAAAUCAACAACAAAGGCAAGUUUCGUACAAUCAAGGUUAUCCACACAACAACAACGCAAGCUAUGGCCAAAACCGACCAAAUCAGUACCAAAGUUACACGCAGCCAGAUAAGCUUUCAAAGAUCGAGGAUACCUUGAAUCAAUUCAUGCAAUUGUCCAUGGAAAACCAAAAGAACACCGAUGCGUCGAUUAGAAAUCUUGAAACGCAAGUUGGGCAAAUUGCGAAGCAACUAAGUGAGCAACAAAGAGGUACGUUUUCUGCCACUACUCAAGUUAAUCCCAAGGAAACUUGUAAUGCAAUCAUGACGAAAGGCGAUGACAUUGUUCAAGACAAAGUUGGGGAGAAUUCAAAAGGUAUCGUGGUAGAUAAAAAUCAAGAAAAAAGAAAACAUAGGGAGGAGGAAGAAAAUAAUGCGGAUCCUGGAAAAGUUACCUUACCGGUUACCAUUGGAAAUAUCUAUGUUGAUAACGCUUUAGUUGAUCUUGGAUCAAGCGUCAAUCUUCUUCCAUUAUCCACCAUGAGAAAGAUUUGA